GCGAUCAGUGAAGAGAGGAACCCUUCUCUGUGCUUGGGCUCGGGAAUGUAUGUAUCAAUAGUAUUGGUCCAUCCCGACCGGAGGUGACUUCUAUACAACAUUAGAGGAAUUUUUCAUCUCCCGGAGUGAUCUGCGCGGUCAAUUAUGCUGGCGUUGAAGUGAAGCUGACGGUGAAGAAUCCAGUCAAACAGUUGCAGAUCGACGUGUCGUGUGAAUUUGAGGAUAUUUUUGUUUUGGCUUGUUUAAGAUAAAAGUGAUUCGCGGAAGUGCAAACAGAAUUCAUUCCGCUGCGGUUGUUUUGAUAUCCAGAUUCGAAAGGUGGUGAGAUAAUGAUGUGGUGAUGAGUCAUCGGUGGCCCUCCAAAUUGCCCUUAUGAUAUUUUUUUUUUUUGGAGCCUGAGUGCCACGGAAAUAAUCUUGUGGUAACAUUUCGAUCUUAUGACGUUGUAUAAAAACUAGUUCCAUUGGGUGGCUACACAUGAAAGCGUGCUAGGAAGUGUGAUUUCUGCUUUGCGCAAGUGAGACGUAGAACGGUGGCUUCAAUCAUGGUAACGAAAUUUGUAUGGUGUGGAGCUUUGGUAGCGAUACUGACCCUGCUGGUAGUGCCGGUAGCGUCGGAACAAGCUUCCUGUCAUGAUGAUAAACCCUGUCCGGAGGAUGAGUAUUGUGAUCAACACAGCUUUUCCUGUUCCCCAUGCAGCGAUAUUUGUUCCAGUGUUAUGACUCGAGUGGAUUGCAGUAAAAAGUGCAAAGAUUACCUCAUCCUGCAGAGGAUCGCAACCCUGGAGAACAACCUCUACACCACGAUCAUUAUAUUUGCCAUCAUUCUCCUUCUGCUAGCCCUGACGGUGGUGGUAAUCAUCGUUCGGUGGUGCCGCAAAAGCAGCCAUUUCUCGUGGUCCUUUCUGAAGCGUCUCAUAGCACGUGAAAAAUCCAACCCACCCACGAUGGAAUACACCCACGAAAACCCGCAUACCAAGAGUCCAAAACUAAGCACCCGAGCCGGAAGCAACAGCACAGGCCUGCCACCGUUGCCGCAGGUGUCCACAAUUGGCCCUCCCAGCACCUACAUGGGCUCCGAUGGAGCUUCUUCGGUUCAAACUGUCACCACGCCCAUUAGUGCACGCUACCCGGCCGAAGACUGGCGGAUGAACCAUGCCUACGACAACGGGGGACUGGCCAUCACUCCCACGGAAAAUACCUACGAGUACGUGGAAGCUAAGAUGAACCAGCGGCGGCAGCUUCCGUUCCCAAAUUGAAACAUUUCGGACCACUUACUUAAUACACAGAGAGACGAGAUCGUUCCUUACAAACGUAUUUAUUGUCCAGAUGGAAAGAAGUAUUAAAACAAACUCAACUCGAAUUAGAUAUUAUUUAGGACAAACCUUCUCACCCAUUUAUUCGUCUACAUCAUUC